AUGACUGAGUUUAGUUCGGCUAAAUUUAGUAACGUGACAAUUUAUAGAAAAGAUUACACUAAUAAAAACGUCUCAAGACCCGAACGAGUUAAACCGAGUCAAGAAUAUAAAGAUCCGAUAGCGGGACCGUACGAGGAACACGUUUUACCAUAUUGCAAAUAUAAUCGAUUACCGGAAACGAAAAUACUAGAAACCGGAUAUCCGGAACCUAAGGAAUAUUCAAAAAAAGUAUUAGAAUUAUGUCCGUCGUUGGAAAUAUAUUUGAAAAAAGAAUGCGGUGGAAAUCCGGUGGAUUUCGAUAUGAUCGAUAAAAUUUACGACGAUGAAAAUCGAACCGUUUACAUGAUUUCAUAUUGCAAAUUGAAGGAUUUCGAUUCGCACGUGAAAAGGGAAAGAACCAAAGGUACACUACCGGAAAAUUGGGUCAUACCUUUAACGACGCAUAAAUGCAGUUAUAGAGAUCCACUCGUUUUUGCAACGGAUAAUAUUUAUAAAAUGAAAAUAUCACAUCCGAAAGAUAAUUUAUCACCCAAUUGUAAGUUUCACAUCAUCAAAAUAAUCAAACCCAUCGCCAUUAUUAACCGCCAUCUUUUUUUCUUAUUCUCAUUUUCUAAAGUCAAAGAACGUGAAAUAUUAGAAACGAAAACUGGAGAAACGAUUUACAUGUCUGAUAUUGGUAAUACUGGACAAGAAAUUAUCGAUGGUAAACUUCAUGGAGAUAUUAAAAUGAAAACGAGAAAAUACGAUCAAGAUGAUUUAUUAAAAUCAAAAUUAAUAAGAAUCCAAUAA